AAGUAGCGUGAACCAUUAUUUUAAGGGAGAUUAUUCUUUUUGACAAAAUAUAAUGAAAAUCACCAACGGCAGUGUUGGUUGGUAGUCCUCUAAAUAAGCUUGUGGGCCUUAAUAUUUAUUUUAGUCUUCAUCAAAGUCAUCACGUUUUCCCAGCUGUUUACUUGAAAAUUGUCUGAGGCAAAAAAAGUAAAAUGGCUGAUGUCAAGAAGCUUGUGUUCUCAAUAUUAAAAUUUUUAGAUGACCAAAAGAAGUCAGGUGAAGUUGAUGAUGAGGCAGCAGAAAGUUUAGAAGUUGCCAUGCAAUGUCUAGAACAAGUUUACAAAAUCAACAUAACUGAAGAGGAGUUUGUGAGAAAAUAUAGCAUCCCAUACAACUUGUUGGAUAUUUUUAAUGCACAGCUAACUGAGACAGAAUCAGACCUCGCUUCUUUGUCCCUUCAUGAGGCAACACCAGUGCAAAAGGAAGAAGCUGAAAAACUGAAAAAUAAAGGAAAUGACUUCAUGAAAUGUGAAAAGUUUUCUGAUGCUUUGGACAGUUAUUCUCAAGCCAUUAGAUUAGAUGCUAGAAACGCUGUUUAUUUCUGUAACAGGGCUGCUGCAUAUAGCAAGCUCAACAAACAUCAACAAGCUAUAGAAGACUGUAAUAGAGCUCUUGCUAUAGAUCCAAGCUACAGUAAAGCUUAUGGCCGCAUGGGAAUAGCCUUUACAGCUUUAGAAGAUCACGAAAGUGCUUAUGAAUGUUAUCGCAAGGCACUAGAGUUGGACCCAGACAAUCAAAGCUACCAAAAUAAUUUAGAAAUAGCUGAACAGAAAUUAAAAGAAGCUGCAACACAGGCUGGGUUUAAUACGGGGCCUGCUGCUGGGUUACCUGGAAUGGGCAAUCUAGAUUUCAGUUCACUGUUUAGUGAUCCUAACAUUGUAAAUAUGGCAACCACUAUGAUGUCUAAUCCUCAAAUUCAACAGAUGAUGGCCAACCUAGUGAGUGGUGUCAACCCUUCUGGUGGUGGUGCUGGCUUAUCAAAUCUAUUGCAGGCGUCCCAGCAAAUGGCAAGUCAGAUGCAACAAGCAAAUCCUGAACUGGUUCAGCAUCUACGGGAACAGAUGAGGGGACAGAACAUAGGUGACAACAACGGUACCGAUAAACAGCCUGGAAGUGGUGACACAUAGUUUCUAAGCAGCAUUGAAUGAAACAGAUGCUGAAUUGUUUACAUGCCUUCUGUUGUUAAUGAAUUUCAAGCCCACUGACAAGUAUUGAGAAAAAGUAUAUAUAUAUAGAUUUAUAUUGUUUAAUGUAGAAAUGUGAUGGAUUGUGUAGUUUUAUACUAAAUUAUCCAUGACACUUGGAGCUAGAGAGAUUGAAAUAUUUUAAUACAAAUGUUUGAACUUAAAUAAUAAACAGUAAGUCGUAAGCAGUCUAAAAAACUUUUUUUUUUAAUUUCCUUAAAUUUUUGGUAUUGGGUUUAAAAUAAAAAACUUUUUCUGAUUUAUUUCUAUUGCUUUGAGUAUGCUGAUUCUGGCUAGUUGGAGGCUCUGAGAAUUGGAUUAACAAAUUAUAGAGAUGAGUGUUUGACAUUCCAACUUUAUUACACUCUUAGAUUAUAAUUAUAUAAUGUGUCAUCUCUAUAUGAUAUAUGGCAUAAGCUUUUGUUGUCAUCUAGAAUUGUAUUUUUAGUGGAGAGACUGUUGACAUUUAAGAGUCAUAAUGAAUGUAAUGCAAAUAAAAAUAUUUUUUUGCAAUCAUGCUGUAAAAUACUAACAUGUCACCACAUCAGUUUAACAUGUUGGAGCUGUUCUAGUGAAUGUUUAGUGCAUGUGGUCAACUUCCCUGUGAUGUACUCAAGUCCUUCCAAUUAUAAUUUUUUUAACUUCAGGACCAUAGGCCACCUUUCCUGCUUUUAAUGUUGUUUUUUUUUAAAAAGUUUGUUCACAUUAGAACAUUAAAUAAUGUUUCAAUGUUUGCCAUACUAUUUUUGAAGCUCAGUGUAAAAUGGAAUUCUCUUAACAGACACAUGAAAUUACAAGUUAUUAAGUCAUCAGUUAACAAAAUGAACAUUUCUAACGUAAUAAAGAACCUACAAACUUU